AUAUUGUAGUUACACUUGCGAAGAAAAAAUAUUCUUCUAUUUAUAUAUACAUUUACGAGUUGUUAGUAGCGCGGAAACAAAGAAGAAUGUUUUAACAAACGCGAUAUCAAAUGACAAUUAAAAUUGAAUAUUUAUCUUACGCGACAUUUUACUAUUCAACGGAGAAUAUUAAUCGCGUAUGUCUUUAAAGCUAAUUCCUAAUUUAUUCCAUAUUACCGAGUUUAUUGUUACAGUAGUGCGUUUAAUGGCAGCGCUAAAAAAAUUGUCAGUCGCGUUCGCAUGCGGACGGCGUGCGCUCGUGCAAAAUCGACGUUUACUGCCUACCUUCUUGACCCUGAAGACUCUUACACCAACGUAUAAGAGAGAAUACGGGUGCAGUGACGGCCGCAUUUUCGAGUGUUUUUUGGUGUCGCUCGGAUCGCCUGGAACGUCUAACGUCCGUGAUCGAUUUCGUGUUCGACUAUCCUCGAAGUUUCGCAUUCUAUCUUUGAAUUUUGUGUCUGCUUGUUUAUAUAGUAUACAGAAACCGUACAGCGCAUCAUGGCACCAUUGUUAGAAAGCGUCAUGUUGUCGGACAUCGCCGAAGUGCCAUGCAUAAAAAUUGACGACUUUGUGGUCCAAUUCGAAAUUGGUCCUCCUAGUGCGGAAUUGCAAGAGGUAGCCAGGAAAGAAUUACGGGAGACUCCCGAAAUACAAAAACAAUCGAUGGCGCGUCUAAAAGAAUUAUUACAAGCCGAGAAGGAUCUGAAAAGCCCGUUGGACAACGAGGCAUGGUUGAUCAGGUUCUUAAGGCCGUGCAAGUAUUAUCCCGAAUCGUCGCUCAAUCUCAUCAAGAACUAUUACAACUUCAAGGUGAAACAUUCGGCCAUAUACGAUGACUUAAAGCCGAGUAAAGAGAAGAACAUCUUCGACCACAACAUUCUGAACGUAAUGAAUAAUCGUGAUCAGCAUGGUCGACGUAUAUUGGUAGCCGAGCUCGGCAAGAAGUGGAAGCACAACAAGUGCAGCCUCGACGAGGUUUACAAAGGAUGUGUGUUGUUUUUGGAGGCGGCGAUCCUGGAGCCGGCUACGCAGAUCGCCGGCGCGAUCGUUAUCUUUGACAUGGACGGCCUUAGCCUCCAGCAGGCUUGGCAGUUCACUCCGCCGUUUGCCAAGAGGAUAGUCGAUCUACUUCAGGAGGCGAUGCCUGCGAGAAUCAAGAACUUACAUGUCGUGAAUCAACCGUAUAUAUUUGACAUGGUAUUCAAACUGUUCAAACCGUUCCUGAAGGAAAAGUUGAAGAACAGAAUAAUCUUUCACGGCACUGACCGUAAAUCGUUGCAUCAAUAUAUGGCGCCGACACAUCUACCACCGCAAUAUGGUGGUACGCUGCAAAUGAAACAGAUAACCGGACCCCAGUGGUAUUCAUUGCUAAUGAAGCUCGACAAAGAAUACGAAGCAAUUAACUCAUACGGCUACAAAAAGAAAUAGUUUUUCAGUUGCUAGCUAUGUCGUAACAAAAGGUAAGUAUUUAGAUUCAAUGUGGAGAAACAAUUAUACAGCGACAUUUUUUUAGGAGGAAUGUUAGGUUUAGCAUCAAUUGCAACGAUUGCGAACUAUUGUUGUUCACUUCUUUUUGAAUGAAAUCUUGCUCAUUUUGUAUUGUUUAAUUUAUUUGUAGCAUAUUAUUUUAUGAUUUUUCAAUUUUCAAUUUUUGUUUUUAAUAAUGUAGCCUCAUAUUUUUGUACUUUUUUUAAAAUCUCAAUAGUAAAAAUUGUGCGUGUAUCAAUUGUAUUAACUAUAUUUGAUGAUCAGAUUUUAUUCAAGAUUUGCAAUCUUAAUCUUUAUCAUAAUCUUAAUUACUCAGUAAUUAUGUAACAAAAGUAUUAUGCUUUUGUACGCAAAAAUGAAUGACGUGUUCAUAUAUCAUUCGUUAAUUAAAUUUAAUAUGUAUACACAUAUACAGGAUGAAUCUUAAUGGCUGUGUCACCAUUUGAGAAAUAUAAUUAUAUUAUACAUGUAUUAUAGUUUAGUGGAUUAUGUACAGUUGCAGUCAGUAACUCAGCAAACAAGAUGACGUCAAACAAUAUCUUAAUAAUGUUUUAAUGACGUUUCUAACGUCAAUAAGAUGUCACUGAAGCGUCGCCUUGUUUGCUGAGAAGUCGCCUACUCUCACGGCAAAAUAUUGAUACAAGAUUCACUCUGUAUACAGGAUAUCUAAUCAUUUGACACAACGCUUGUAAGAUAGAACGGAAUAACUGAACAGAAAAGUUCUGUACUAUUUUACGAUUGCGCAACACUUUAGAAGAAAUUAAUUUAUAAAAAUUUACAAAGUGUGCAUUGUGUAAAUAAUUAUUAGACACCUUGUAUGUGUAUAUACAUAUAAAAUUUUUAUUUAAAAUUUUAAGAUUAUAUACAACUUAUAUAUUUAAAUAAAUGAAUGCCUGGUAUGUUUUCUCGAUGUAAAAAUAAUAAAAUUUGUAAUAAGACAUUGUUGCUAUUGUGGAUUUCAUUUAUAUUGAAUAAAUUAUUCAUAGAUAUGUACGUUAAAUCUAUCUAUCGUGUGUAUGUGUAUUAUACAAUAAUACGCAUUUAUCGCAACACACCAACAAAUACGCAUUUAUUAACAUUUUUAGUAACAAUCUUUCUCUCUAUUAUUUUUUAUGUAUUAUUAAAAUAAUAACUUAGUUCUAAUUCA